UUUAAAUAGCCAGGUACAGGUGUGCAUGGGACAACUUCGUACGGAACUAGACUAGCAGUAAGAACAACUAAGGAACACGCUUUUAUACAGUUUUAAUUCUUAAGCAGUGAAAUCAAGUUUAACCACGUUUUCGUAAUUAAGAUUCAAAUAAGUGAAAGAAAAACAACAACAACAAAAAAUAAGAAAAAGAACUGCCAAUAAAUCAAACAUGAGGACCAUAAAUGAAAUUAGCAACAAGAGAACUAUUUUGGUGUGCUGUAUCACUAUCUUCAGUCUAGUAGCGUGCAGAGCAGACGAGAUACCAAAAUUAGUCGAAAGUGACCCACUGAAACCUUUUAGCAAUGAUGAACUUGGGGAAAAAAUCAAGGACUUGUUGGACAAGAGACCAGAACUACCGGACAUCGAGCUGGAAUUCGAUGACCUUUUCGAAAAUCUAAAUUCCCUAUCCUUGAGGAUGCCACCUGAUUUCGAGUUUAGAGUGACCCAGUUCGGACCUAAAGAUGGCAACCCUUUGCUCCAAAAUGCCAAGGCUAUGAAGUGUCUCAGCAGCAAUGAUCAGCUGAAACAUUUUCUGAACCGCGUGAAGGAAGCUUUUAAGGGCGAGUCAUCGGAAGAUACGUCUGACGACCAGGAUGACAAAAAGCCAGAGCUCAGCGACAAUAAGAAAAACGACACUUCAGAUGAAGUGGACAACACGAAGAAAGAAAGCCAAGACCAGGACAAUGACCACACUAUGAAGAAACGGGACACAAAUGAUGAAAAAAUAGAUUGGGAAGAUGUUUUAGAAGAAUUGGAGACGGAAGACUUGGAAUGCCUGACAGGCUUUGUCACCGACAGAGAAGAAAAGUUCUUGUGCUCUCGAUUGGCACGAGGGUCAGCUGGCGUCUUCGCCAGGAUUCUGGCUGGAGGCUUUGAGUGCGACGACCACCUGGACGACAGCGACGAGGAGCACGAUGUGAGUCAUGAGGCUAUAGAUGGUUUGUUAGACGAUCAAGCCGCGAACAGUAAGAUGUUGGGUAACGACGAUCAGGACUCGGCGGAGCACGCCCUCGACAGCGUCUCCCUGGACGAUCUUCUCCAAGACGAGUCGUCGGAGGCUGUGGAUGACAUUCUGAAGGAGAUUGAAGAAUUGGCGGACGGCGUACUCGACAGCGGGGAGAGCCUGGACGAAGUGCUGGACGACUUGGUAAAGUCUGUUGUCCCCAGUGAUGACACAAAGGAGAAGACUUCUUUGGACGUUUCGGAAGAGCUGCACAAAGUUGUUCUCGGAGACAGAGACGAGAAUGAUAGAAGCCGAGAGAUCUCGAUCGAGAUAAACAAGGACGUAAUCAUUGUGUCCAGUAAAGAAAUCACUGAACGAAAAGACGAUAAAGAUGAUGAUGAUAAUGAUGAUGACGAUAAUGAUCAUAAAAAAGAUGAUGAUGAUGAUGAUAGCCACGACGACGAUGAUGACGACGACAAAGAUGAUAAUAGAGGCCGCUGGCGAAGCCGUCUGAGCCAAUCCCAUCAGAUAGCCAUUCUCCAACAACUUAAGGCUAAAGGCUCCAGCGCCUGGACAGAUGAUGACGUCAAGAGAAUACUUAGAGUUGCCCCUGACGUCAUUGAUGACGACUUCCUGGAAGAGCUGCCAGAAAAACUGUUUGACGCACACAUGAAACAGUUUGCCCGAAUGGCCAUGAGCCAACACAGCAACCCCUUGCUCAGGUACACCCUACGAGAGAAGCUGGACGACGACAUGGACAAGAUGACCGCAGAGCGUCUCCGACAGAUCGGCCCAGCUCUGAUGUCUUUACGUUUCGACCAGAUCCAGCAGCUGGACGGCAAGCUGCUCCUGGAGGUCGACGUGGAUGAUAUCCUCGACGAUGACGAUGACGACAAGGACGAUGACUCCAAAGAAAAAAGCGACAAGGUCAGGAACGUGACUAGAAAAGCUGACGACGAUGACGACGACGAUGAUGAUGAUGAAAAAGAAAUAGUGAGAUUCUCUCUUGGGCAGAGGAUUAAAGCUUCACUGAAUGCUGCCUCUUUAAGUAGACCUCAGUUGAGAAGUGCGAUGCGUUACCUCCACGACGACCUUGACUUUGUUCGAAGUGUCAAGCCUGAUGAUCUGUUGGAUGCCUUGAAGGACAUCAGUGACCUGGACUACGACGAUGACGAUGCAAGGGCUGUCUUCUCACAUAUGGCACUGUCCUCUCACUUCCCGCCAAUUUCCAAGAUGACCGGAAGUAACUUGACCGCCAUGGGUCACCUCAUCCGAGGUCUCGGGGUUUACCAGAUGGCUGAACUCCAAAGGGAAGCAUUGGAGGAAUCUCUGGACAAGAUUAAGGACAUCGACUUUGACGACGAUCAGGCUGAGGUUGUCUUUCAAAAAGUUGUGGAUGAGGACGAGGUGGAGACUUUAAGCUUGGAACGAUUCCGUAAACUUGGCAAACUGGUCAAAGGAAUGCCCACUGGUCAAUUGAUGAAAAUAAAAUCUGAUGUCAUUGAUGACCUUCUUGAUGAUCUGGACGACGUUGACCUGAAUGAUGCCCAGAAACGGGUUAUUGCUGGGAUGGCUCUUCAAAACAAACACACUCAACAAAAGUUUCUGAAGCUCCAAAGUUUCACAGAGGUGGUCAGUGUGACGGAUCUGGACGACCUAGACGAUGAUGACAUCUUUGUUUACAUGAAUAGGUCAGCCAAACUGGACUGGUCACACUCACAGGCCUCUGUUCUCGCUCACACGUACAUUCAAAAGAUUGGAGAGAAAAGAUUCAAACCUUCAGCUAUUGGCACCUUUGGUCAUGUUGCCAUUGGGCUCUACCCUGACGAUAUGGAUGACCUGAUGAAAACGGAAGACGACGUGCUAGAUCUAGCAGACGAGCUGAAGGACAUUGAGGAGGAUUUAACCUCUGGCCAGAUUGAUGAACUGGUAGAGAAUUUUGAAGACAUCACGGAAAUGGAGACUAAAGCGUUUGAAGUCGAUGAAUUGAAAGCUGUCAGAGGUGCUCAUCUUAUGGCUUACCUGUCACAUGACAAGUUUGACAAAUUAAGAUUUACUGCUGGAGGAAAAACUGCUUUCAUAAGCCAGAUGUCCAAAAUGGCGACGGACAAGAUGAGCCGGGAACACAUGCAUCACUUGGCCACAGCACUAUUGAAAAUGAUGGACGAGGAUGACUCUAAGGAGAUAAAAAUGAAAGUCGAGGAUCGUGACUCGAAGAGACUCAGAUCUCUCGGACAGCUGACCCUCGGACUAUCCCCCGACCAGAUCAAAAAGUUCAGCGGCAGCGCCAUCAUGGAUAACCUAGACAUUCUCAGGACUCUCCCCUGGAGCAAAUCACAGGCCGAAACUAUCUUGGACAAAAUCGAUGAUGUUAUUGAGAAGUGGCACUGCAGGCCUGACAUUAUGGCAAGACUCGGACCAAUCCUGCUCCACGAUGAUAACCCUUUGAGUGACGACUGUGACUGGGAAGUGAAGAAAAGUCUCCUUGGAAGUUUUAAGGUCAUCAUGAAGGGCUUGGAAAAGAGAAACGAGAACAUCAAAGAGAGAUUAGAGGAAGGAUUCUCCAGGGAGGACAGUGAUGACGACGACGAUGACGCUGGAGAGAAGAGGCUGGUCAACGCAAUGGUCAUUCUGGCGACUCAGACGACAAAACCCAUAUCCAGAAGGAGGCGCGCCGUGCCAGGAGCCCCGUUAACAUGUGAGAUACUGAUGAUGCUUCGCGGUUCUGCCAACCAAGUAGACCCACAGACACUGACCGCUAUGAAAGAUGAUGACUUUAAGAACUGCCUGUCCACCUUAGGAGCCAUAAGCGAUUGGUCAGCUGAGUCUCUGACUACUUUGGUCAACAAAGCGAAACAGGUUCUGAAUGAAACGAAACAAUGGACCAAUGAACAGAUCAAGCGACUAGGUUCCUUGGUGUCUGGACUUGUUCCCACAGAGAUCCAGGAUCUUCAAUUGACUGGAGUGGACGCUAUGAAUAGUAUUGGGAAACAUGGGCGUCUCUCUGCAGAACAGCUAAGGGCGGGUUUCCUUCGGUGGAUGAAUUUGACAGGCAAACAGAAUGUUAAACAGAUCACACCAGGAGAGUUCUCUUCCUUGUCGGAGUUUGUAUGUGCUCUAGAUGUCAGUGAAAUAGAAAAAAUCGACGAGACGUCCUUUAAACGUUCAGUAGAGGUAAUUGGUCGUACCGUGAGCUGCUCGCCGCCACAACACGGAGCAUAUGUCAAGAAGGCUUUCUCCAUUUUUGGCGCAGAUGUCAGCUUGUGGCAUCCAGCUGUCGUCGGAGACAUGGGCGUGUUACUAGCUGGAUUUAGCCCAGACCAAAUCAAGAGCAUCAACUCCAAACAGCUGUCGUUGAUACAACCAAAAGUUAUCCCAAAAUUACCUAACGAUAUCAUCAAUGCAUUUACUGUUGACCAAUUGAAAGCACUAAGUACCAACCAAGCUAAUGCAGUCACCGAUGUCCAGUACAAAGCAUUGACGGCUGACCGACAAAAAAUUUUGGACUCCAAGGCAUCCGUUGUGUUCAGUAGUCACGUGACGUCAACAAGUCAACCCAAAGAUGAUGGUCGCAAUGGUAUCGCUCUGACGUCAUACAGUAUUGCAGCCAUCCUCUCAGCUUUGUUGAUAUCUUUGUUAUAAUAAACCGUUUAUAAAGUUUCUAGGCUGCUUUAAGUACGAUAUCUGAAACGAGUCAAGAAAAAUUCAAAACAAAUCUUAUUUUCCAAAUGUAUUUCCAAAAUCGUUACUUUCUAUAGAGAUGUAAUAUUCUUUAAUGUUGACAUUUCUUAUUGUGUAAUUAGAUAUAUUACACACCAGUGGACUUCAUUCACCUGUCGUAAACAAACAACAUUUAGCCGCGCGGUUCUCUCUCUCUUCUAUACAAAUUACGUAAUAUACACAGGCUGUCACGUGACAGUUUUCUUCCAUUGUUUUAUCAAUAUUAUCACGUGGCAAAAUGUUGCUUGUUUACGAUUGGUGAAUGGGGUCCAUUGUGCAUUAAGCGAUAAAUUUCAUUCAAAUAAAAUAGCUUUGUUUUGAUUCGUUUGUUUCCUAUAUACAUUUUUUAUGAUUCGUGAGUGACUAAUUUUUUAUAUGUUUAAAAGUCAUUGGCCUUAAGAAACAAAUAAAGACAGAACUGUUAUUGAAUCUACUUCCAUAUCGGGGAACAUACAAGUGUAUAAGUGAACAUUUAAUUAAAUUAUGUUUAGUUUUUAUAUAUUGCAUUUUAUGAUACAGUAUCUUGUGUUUUCAACUGAAUUCAUGUGUAGGUUUUAAAAGAAGAAAACAAUAUUUUAGAUCAAUUCAAGUUUUGAUAUAAAAUUGAAGUAUUACAUUUAAUAUAUAUUCAAACCACUGUACGUGAGAGAAUCAAGUAAAAAAGAGACUUUAUAAUAUAACUUCUUAUAACUGAUGAGUUUUUUGUUUUGUCUAUGUAUUAUAUUCAUUUCACACUGUUAUAAUUGUUAUAUACAUUUUAACUUAUUGAAUUGUAUUGUAUAUGUAUCAUUUGUAUAUUCAUCACCCAUGCAUAAUGUUCGCCAUAAUGUUGAUAAACAUUUCCUUAAACAAAAGUUAUCCAUUGUACAUGCGACAAUAAAAGUUUUCCUAAUAAAAUUA